UCUCAAAGCGCUGGCUGCUGGUAGAUGCGAUUGGAGAACGGAAAUGGGAUGCUAUGCGCGCGUGCAGCGAGCCCCCAUUCUCAAAUGAAAAUGCGCGCGGCCGUCUAGAGGAGGCGUGCGCGCGCUUGAGGGGCUGCGGUCCCAUUGACUUUUCCGUCUCCCUGACAGCGGCAGCAUCAGCAGCAGCAGCGAGCUCGGAAAACAGAGAGCCGCGCGGACUCCGCCUUUUCUCCCAUCAUCCCACCCGAGAGCCCGAGCUCCGAGGCGGCUUCUUCAACAAGCGCAAGACCCCCCUUUUCGACUCGCACAUAUCCUCCGGAUCAGAUAUGGACUACCCUUAAUUGGACCUGGAGGGGAGAGGCAGGCGGGCGGGCGGGGGGUGGGGGGGAGAGAGACAGGAGAAAGAGCCGUAUAGGAAGAGAAGCACAACCGUGGGUGCCCGCCGCAACGAUGAACGGUUCGCCACGCUCGCGACAACCGCAGAUAAGCCAUCGGACUAUGUCCUGAAUAGCGGUUUACAUAGCUGGGAUUGUGCACCGAUCAUACAGGGCUAAAAUAUGUCCGCCUCGGUGGGGCCCCGUGGCGGCCCUCGCCCACCCACAGCGCAGAACUCCAUACCAGAGCUACCGGACCUCAGUCACCUCACCGAGGAGGAGAGGAAAAUUAUCAUGGCUGUGAUGAUUCGGCAGAGGGAGGAAGAGGCAAAGGAUGAGGCCAUGCUCAAAGAGGAGAAGCCCAUACAAGCAAAAACAGUGAACCUGGUCGGGAACAAGAAACCACCUCAGCAGAACGACAUCAGUUUGCACCAGCAGUUUGCCAACUGCAAGGAGCAGGUGAGGCGGAUUGGGCCGGAGCCCCCCCAACAGAGGCAGCAGGGCCAACACAAGGAUGAUGCCCCCACCUGUGGCAUCUGCCACAAGACCAAGUUUGCUGAUGGCUGCGGAAACCUGUGCUCCUACUGCCAGACUAAGUUCUGUGCCCGGUGUGGAGGAAGGGUCUCUCUGCAUUCCAAUAACGUAAUGUGGGUAUGUAACCAGUGCCGAAGGCAACAGGAUAUGCUCACUAAAUCAGGAGAGUGGUUUCCCAGCCAAGGGCCCAAGCCUGGAGAGCUGGGGUCAGCAGUGAGUGAACCGACCAUGUGUGGAGAUCCCACUGGGGAGAAGAAGCUGCGCUCUAGGUCUCAGAACCCUCUCAACUCCUCAGUUUCCACUGCCCAUGACUCCCAGUCACCUGCCCCAACCGACCCCAGAAAAGGCCCCUCCACAGGGCCAGCCGACACGCUAUCAUCACGCUCACGCAGUGAGCCUCCACAAGGAAGAAAAAACCCACCAGCAGCCUCUGAUCAGAAUGGCAAACUAGGGCCAAGAGGUGAGAGGCGGCGAGGCCUAUCCAAAAUCCACUCCGAAGAGCGAGAUACCGGAGAAAAUCGUAGAGAAAGCCGAAGACUGAUGAAGACUCGCUCUCAGGAGCAUGACAGUCCUGAGACCAGGAGGACUGAGGGGGAGCAGAAACCACCCAGGGAACAGUGCAGGACUGACCCAAAUACUCUACAUCAUCUGGCCAAACUCCAGCCGGCGGAGCCUGAUGGACGUAUGCACCCUAAGGCGAGGGAAGCGGGUGGGAUAGUGCAGGACAACAGAGGUGCACGGAGAUGGGCAGAUGGGCGGCAGGCCUCGCUGGAGGGCCAGCAGCAGGCCUACGCCCCAGAAAGGACCGCGGGGGGUACAGGUAUGCAGGGUGCGCCUAUUGUGCAGGGUCCUCCUCCAAAAACAAACUACACCCCACAGCCACCCGCUCCGGGGUUCAGGGUGGGCCCUGCCAUGCCCGCAGGCCCACCUGAGCUCAGGGAGCCUCAGGAAUGGGACAGGAAGUUGCAGCCGAGCCAUCUGGACCCCAGCUCGGCUGCGCUGCUGCGCAAAUCGAAACGACAAAAAGCUGAGAGCAUGCUGCGCAAUGAUUCGCUCAGCUCUGACCAAUCGGAGUCUCUACGACCGCCCCCGCCCCGCCCCUACAAGAGCAAACGGGGCGGAAACAAGAGGCAGAUGUCUGUCAGCAGCUCGGAGGAAGAGGCCGGUUCGACACCAGAAUACACCAGUUGUGAAGAUGUGGAGAUUGAGAGCGUCAGUGAGAGAGGGGACUGGGAGUGCUGUCCACUGGACCCCACUGCGUGGCAUCAUCCGGUUACAUGGCAGCCCUCCAAGGAAGGUGAUCAUUUAAUUGGCCGAAUCACUUUGAGCAAGCGAACAGCCAUGCCAAAAGAGGCUGGGGCUCUGAUAGGGCUAAAGGUGGUCGGGGGGAAGAUUACAGAAACUGGGAGACUCGGGGCCUUCAUCACCAAAGUCAAGAAAGGAAGUAUAGCUGAUGUGGUGGGUCAUCUACGGGCCGGUGAUGAAGUGCUUCAGUGGAAUGGUAAAUCAUUACCAGGAUUAACCAAGAAAGAAGUUUACAAUAUCAUCUUGAAUUCCCAAACAGAACCACAAGUUGAAUUAGUAGUAUCAAGGCCAAUAGGUGAUACACCACGAAUACCAGAAACAUCACACCCUCCGUUAGAAUCUACAGGUUCAAGUUCCUUCGAAUCACAGAAGAUGGAAAGACCCUCUAUAUCUGUCUUGUCCCCUUCCAGCCCAAGUGGUCUUAGAGAUGCCCCUCAGCUACUGCCUGGACAGCUGUCGGUGAAAAUGUGGUACGAUAAGGUCGGCCAUCAGCUGAUAGUGAACGUAUUGCAGGCUUCAGACCUGCCGCUCAGAUCGGAUGGACGACCCAGAAACCCCUAUGUCAAAAUGUACUUCCUGCCUGAUAGAAGUGAUAAGAGCAAGAGAAGGACGAAGACAGUGAAGAAAAGUCUGGAGCCCAAGUGGAACCAGACAUUUGUGUACUCUCAUGUCCAUCGCCGGGAUUUCAGAGAACACAUGCUGGAGAUUACUGUGUGGGACCAACCCAGAAUACAAGAUGAGGAGAGUGACUUUCUGGGAGAAAUCCUAAUAGAGCUGGAGACUGCCCUGUUGGAUGAUAAGCCUCACUGGUACAGGCUGCAGGCACAUGACGUCUCUUCCAUCCCACUGCCGCACCCGUCGCCAUACCUGCCCCGCAGACACGGACACACUGAAACACCCACCAAAAAGCUGCAGCCUACAGAAAACCGAUCAAGAGAAAGAGAACGGGACAGGGACAGGGACAGAGACAGAGACAGAAGCCGAGGCCGAGACUGGGGGACAACAUUAGAGGUUCCAGAUCAGCAGAGGCCAACUCAGUAUCGCUCACGGUCCGUGUCCCCACACAGAGAUGAAGAGAGCAGGGGGCGGUCCCGCCCAGCCAACGUCCCUGCACAGAGGAGUCUGGAUGAGGUCCAGCACAGCCGGCGAUCCCGUUCCCCAACGCGCUACCAUGACCGUGCCCGUGUGCAAGAGAGAGAAUACGUAGAUGAAAGUGAGGUCAUCUUGAUACACAGAUCAAUGCGGGGUAGAAGCGCAGAGUGUCUGCACACCCAAAGCUCAACACUUCCUGCAUGCCUUAAAUCAAAGUCACGGCUGUCUGUAGUCACUGGCACUCAACGUACAGUCACAUGCCGAGUCCGUGGGUUCACAGACAAGAUCACCAUUAGUGAUCUACAGCCCUGUCUUGACAGGGUUAGAAGUGCUAGUACCAACUGUCUGAGACCAGGUUCUAAUUCCAAUUCACCUGAACGAGACAGGAGCACCCAGUCUCUGGCCCGUACCAGACCCACGAGCCCCAGGAUCCUAAUUCAGCAUGCCUCCCCAGAAGAUGACAGCUGGGUUUUGGAGGCUAUGUUCCCCGCUCAGGAGACAGUACACCACCUCAGUGCAAAGCCAGAUGCACAGAGGCAGUUGAGAACUCUGGACAAGCCUAGCUGUCAGAAACUUGGCAGGAAAAUAUCUGACAGUGAGCGCUUUCAGCCAACCUCCAUUCUAAAGGCCUCACGCAGGAAGAGGGUAUCGCUGCCUCCAUUGGGUAAGGUGACCCGUGAGGGAUCAACCCCAGGCUCACCCCAAAUGGAAAGGGUGCAGCCGCACACCAGCCCUGCAUUCUCCUCAUCAACAGCCACCCCUUCUUCGACACGCAAGGUCAGACAGCUUCCCCAAGUCCCCGCCAAAAGCAGCAGUGUAGAGCAAGCUCUUGCUUCAGAGGAGCAAACACGGCAAAUGAAAGUACGUACCUUCCGAACACCAGCUCCCUCUAGUACCAGCCAGAAUCUGGAGAAGACGCUCAAGAAUAAACGAGAGCUUUAUAAGGAGCAGCGAAGGAGCUGUGACAGUGUGUCCCAUAAGUCCUCAGACAGUGAUGUCAGUGACGUGUCAGCCAUCUCUCGCGCCAGCAGUGCCUCGCGGAUCAGUAGCACCAGCUACAUGUCCAUUCAAUCAGAACGACCCAGGAGUCACUUUAGCCGUCAUAUUCAUCCAUCCAGCCGCAGCAUGCUGAAGAGUACAAGUGUUAGUGGGGAAAUCUACACUCUGGAGCGUACGGACGGCAGCCAGUCAGACACCGCUCUGGGAACACUGGGAGCAGGAGGGAAAAAGCGCAGGUCCAGCCUUAGCGCACGUGUAGUCGCCAUCGUUGGCAUUCCCUCCCGCCGCAGCAGAAGCACCUCUCAGCUCAGUCAGACAGAAGCAGGCAACAAGAAAGCAAAGGGAUCCAGUAAGAUCCAGCGCAGUCAGGAGACGGGAAUGGCAGUAGAGUAUCCCCGCAACGUCAUGGCUCGCCAAGCCAGCCGAGAGUCCACUGACGGCAGCAUGAACAGUUAUAGCUCUGAGGGCAAUCUGAUCUUCUCAGGGAUGAGAUUAGGGGCCGACAGCCAGUUCAGUGACUUCGUAGAUGGUCUUGGCCCUGCUCAGUUGGUGGGCAGACAAACACUUGCUACUCCUGCUAUGGGAGAUGUUCAAAUUGGACUGAUGGACAAGAAAGGGCAACUAGAGGUGGAGGUUAUCAGGGCCCGUGGUCUUACGUCUAAACCAGGUUCCAAAUCGCUGCCAGCUCCCUAUGUCAAGGUCUAUUUGCUGGAAAACGGAGCGUGCAAAGCCAAAAAGAAAACCAAGAUUGCACGAAAAACGCUUGAUCCUUUGUAUCAGCAAUCACUGCUGUUUGAGGAAAGUCCCCAGGGUAAAGUUCUCCAGGUAAUAGUCUGGGGAGAUUACGGCCGCAUGGACCACAAAUGUUUCAUGGGAGUCGCCCAGAUUUUUUUAGAGGAGCUGGAUCUUUCUAGCACAGUGAUCGGUUGGUACAGACUGUUUCCCCCUUCAUCACUGGUCGACCCAACGUUAGCUCCUCUCACUCGUCGCGCUUCCCAGACCUCGCUGGAUUCUUCAGGGCCACCGGGCAUCAGGUCCUAGUGAACGGACAGGAGCUCGAGGUGAAUCAAAACACUAUCCAGUGGACCAAGGACCGGAGGCAACAAUCAGAACCAGAGCGGCAGAUAAAGAGACAGAUGGGCAGAAUCAUGAUCAAAGCUUUGCUGAAGCCUGACAAUCACUUCUCUCUUUUACUUUUGAUCUUUGGGUUGUAGAGAUUUCCUUUGAUCCACUCUGCUCCUUUACUGCAUGUUUUGUGGCUGAGAUGACGAUUCGACUCAAAUAAAAAGAGAAAGAAGGGAGAUCCUGCCUCAUCUGACAGGAAGUGGAGCCCACAGUGGUGCUGGUAGCUUAGACUGCUCUGGUCAGUCAGCGUAUUUAUUUUCUCACAUGUGUUUGAGAGUUAGGGAGAGUGAGAGGACAGCACUGCCCUUCCUCUAUAUUGCACUUACAGGAAGUCCCUCUGCUGAAAGACCAGAGGUUGAGGGUUAGAGGUCAAAAUUUAGUCUUCUCAGAGAGUUUCCUCUCUGCAUCAUGGAUGCUGCAUCCAAGGCCCCGCCGUGUGCCGGUCUGGCACAAACUCAGACUCAGAUUGUGUGACUGCAGUGUGUGUGUGUGUGUGAGAGAGAGAGAGAGAGAGAGAGUGUGCGUUUGCAUCUAAGAAGGCAGGGACGCCUGAGAACCUUUUAAGUCUGUUUACAGCAGUCACUACCAACUGCUUUGCCUUUUCAUGUUACUGUUGAUUUGUUAAAUAGGCACACUUUGUAGAAUGUGAAAACAUGCUUCAUGUUUUCUGACAUUUGUGUCAUACGAGCUUCGUGGAAGACACAAAACCACUCGUAUUUGAUUCACCGGGACUGUAAGAAGCUGCCAUUAUCAUUUAGGUUCCCUGACAGGUCACUAGAUGCAUUAGCUCACUAACACAUAUGAUUCCCGGAUUCCACGCGAUCACAAAUCUUAUCUUACAGGCCUUUCCAAGCAUUUUUAAUUCUGUUCUGUUUGGUAAAGGACCUGUACAUUCUGAUAUUAGAAUUUCUACCCGAGUAGAAUUUACAUUAUUUUAAUGCAAGCACAAAAAGAGAAAAAGUUCAAGCUUUUGGAGAUGAAUACUAAUACAAAAAAAGAGGCCAAAAUCGGAAGCUUCCUAUUUUUAGCUGUUUGUCAUCAGUUUUCAGUUUAGUUGAUUAUAAAAUCAAUCUCACAGAUCCCCCCUGAGCAUUUUGAAUGUGACAGUGAGACGUUCCAACAAGGGGAACAGAUGCCACCAACAAGGGGAACAGCAUGAAUCUGGAACUGUUCCAAGUUGCAUGCACAUUUUGUAAAACAAGACCGAUGAGAAAAAAAGAGACUACAAUAAGUGUGUGUUAGUUCCACAAACUGUAGGCCAGCUUGUAUGUUGCAUGUACUUGUACAGUUUGCUUGUACUUGAUAUAAAUAGAUUAUCAGAUAAAACGAAGCCAUUCAUUCCAUGUUUGGGCAUUUGGCCGGGUUCAGCCAUACACUCAGGCCUUAUUUUGAGGCUGAAUGUCUAUAAGAAUUUUUAAGUUGUUUGAUUUCCUUUUUUGUUUUUUUUAAACCCUGGAUGGAAAAUGAAGUGCUGUACUGUAGUACUGAGCAAACACAAGGCCCUAUUUUAUUAAAGAUGUUGGUGUUCACUGUAGUCUGUACUACUGUGGGGCUAAAACUAAGGUAGAUAAUCUGUAUAAAAACUAGAGCUAUCUGUAUAUGGAAUAUAAUUAUGAAAAUCACAAUGACUUAGAGAUAUAUCGAUAUUGAAACAGAGUGUAUCACGUAAACAUCACUUACGUACAUGCAUAUAUGUAAAUAUGAGUCUGCAAAGAAGUUUACUUAUAUUUACAAAGCAGCCCCAUUCAAGUUAAUGGAUCACUGCUCUGUCUCUUGGUUCUGCUGAGCGGAAGAAGGGAUGCCUCCAAAGUUUUAUUUUAGCGAUGCCCAAUCUGACGAGAGAAAUUUGGACCUCUGCCGACCUGUUGCAUUAUCAUAAAUGCUCAUGAAUCUUUGUUUCAAUGAGAAGUUUACUUUAUAUGCCUGGUUAGGGCAGACUUAUUUACUUUGUCAGUAUUAUUCAAGGAUACUGAUUGUUUACAGUUUGUGUGUUCCUCUGAAACAAAAUUGAAAGUAUUCACUGCAACAUUUCUUGUUUGUACAGCAGACGUGGCUCAAAUAAUGUGUAUGUUUUAUAUUCAAGAGUUCAUUUUUAUUAUUUACAAAUAAAAGACUGUGUGGAAGAAAA